AUGGCUUCACCUGAUGACCGACCGGGCUUGACCCAUCGGACAAACUCCAUGGUGGAACGCAUCAGAACAUGGAGCAGCACAAAUAUACCUCGAAGGGCGUCGUUACUGCAUCCAUAUCCAAGUAGAGACGUCGACGUCGAGGCCGGCGUAGAGAUCAUUCAACACGAUGAUUUAAACGACCUAGGAGGAGACCAACCUCACGUGGAAUUCGAAGAGGAUCCGAUCUCCGACGACAACACGAUCGUCGAAGAGGAAGGACACAAAGCUCACUUCCCAUCGAAGCGAGCAUGGAAGACGUACUUCACACAAGAGGUGGCCGGCGACAGGUAUCUCGAGAUGCAACUACUAUUAAUGACAAUCGUGACCGGUUCACUCGAUGCCAUGACUUUCACCACCUACAACGUCUACACUACCAAACAAACCGGGAACGCCCUCUUCCUCGCCCUCUACGCCUUCCGCAACCCAUCCAUCACCAGCACGGAACAGAACGUCGGCAUCUCCAUGGCCGUCUUCCUCGCCGGAGCCUUAUUCUGGGGCCAAAUCGGCCGCGUCAGCCGCCAACGUCGAAGAAUCUGGCUCGCCAUCUCCCAAUUCAUCCAAGCCUUCAUGAUCCUCGGCGCGACCGCCGUCCGCUACUGGACCAACCGGACGAACGUCGGCGGCGGCGCCGGCGGCGUCCUCGCCCUGCUGGCCUUUGCCAUGAGCGGACAGAUCGCCACGGCCCUGAAUGUGAACAUGCCGGAGCUCAACACGACGAUGAUCACGGGCGCGUUGGUCGCGCUCAUGAGCGACAAGGACCUGUUCGCGCUACGCAACACCAAACGGCUCCGCCGUAUCCUGUUCUUCGCGAGUAUGGAGGCCGGCAGUUUCACCGGCGCGGCCCUGCUCAACUUCCGAAGUCCGACGUCGGUGCUGCUGUUCUGUGCGUGCAUGAAGUUCGGCAUCGCUGGGACUUUCAUCUUCAACAAGGGUAUGGUCCGGCCGGUGCGGCAGCUGGAAGACGGUCGGGUGGAGAAGGGGGAUGGCGCCGUCACUCCCGUGAGCAAGAUCCUGUGGGGAGACUAACGACCCGACGUCGGAGACCUGAUUUACACCCUUUUGAUUUUCUAUUCAAAAGUUCAACAUCUACUGCCAUUUCAAGAGAUGGAAGAGAGUACGCACGGCGCGAUGCAUUUUAGCUUGGCGUUCGUUUUGGAGAUCACGACAAACUAAUCAUAUACGGAACAUCGGGCAC